AUGGGUUUAAUUCUCAGUAUUUUGGCGGAAAGCAAGACGCAUUAUGAAAAGGAUACGCACGAAGUUGUAAUUGAGAUGAAUGAUCUUUUGAAAAAGAAUUUGGCCGAGUUAUUCGUCAAAACUGCACGAGGAGAGUUCGUUCAUCCGGCUUACGGAAAGAAAAUCGAGUACACUGGAACCGUUUUGCAUCACAUUUCAUCAUCGAAGAACAUGAUAAUGGGUGGGGAUGUGUUGUUUGGAAACGGAUGUGGUGGAUGUGCUCCUGUCUGUCGAAAGGUUUACCAAGAGAACAAUUUCUCAUCGACUGUCCAAAAUACACGUGGAAAAUUGAUUCUCCUCCCAUCUGAUACCAAUCCAACUGUCUUUUCUUCAAUUUUCUACAUCCUUCUCGAUAAAUCGUCACCCUCGGUUGUUGAUGGAUGUGCGAUUGGUGAAGUGAUUGAAGGAAUCGAUAUACUGGAUAAAAUAGUGAGAGAUUAUGGAACAGAGAAUGGAAGACCAGAGAAGAAGUUGAUUAUUCACAAGUGUGGACAUCUGUGA